UCCAGCUGCAGAAGAAGAUGAGGUCCCGGAACGGAUCCCAGAGGUUCUUCGAGACGUUCCUGCGAGUUCUAAUAACUCUGAGCACUGGGACGGCCAUUGUCCUCUCCUCCAUCUCCAUCUGUGAUGGGAACUGGCUGCGGGCCCCGGGGCCCCUCUUCGGGGUGUGGGACACCUGCCAAGCUGAGAAGAAGCCGCCGUGCUCCGAGGAGAUGGUCAGACUGAGCACAGUGAUGGUGGUGGUGAGGACCUCCGUGUGCCUGGCUGUGGUCCUGGCCAUCUUUGGGUUGGAGUUGAUGAUGGUGUCCCAGCUGUGUGAUGACGGCCAUUCCCGGAAGAGGUGGGCCUUGGGCUGCGCCAUGCUGCUGGUGGGGUUCCUCCUGUCCUCCACGGGGACCGUGACCUACAUCUUCCUGCUGAGGGACAUCUACGGGACCUUCACACUGACCUUCUGGGCCCAGUUCCUGGCCGUCUUCCUCUUCUUCCUCAACGCCAGCAGUGGAAUUUACUUGAAUCGCUUGACGGCAUGA